AGCAGAAGUCAAAUAAGAGGACUUCUACUAUCAGUAUAUCUACAUAUACAGACUUUGUCCUUGGAGGUAACGGAGGACGCAGCAUCACCAUGAGAUUCUUUCAUCCAAUGUAUCUCCUGUUGUUGCUUCUGGCAGCCCUGCUCAUCACCAGCGCCGAGAGACCAGGCAAAACCGAUUUUCUAAAUCUCAGGCGGAAAUAUCGGAGACACAACUGCAUGAAAAAGCGCUGUCUACCUCUUCACUCAAGAGUUCCGUUCCCUUGA